AUGACGGCCUCCUGGGCACAACAGGACUCUGAUGGCAAUACGGCUCUCCACUAUGCUGCGUUGUUCAGGCUGGACUCGUCGCUCAACCCUUUACUGGAAAGAAGGGCGCGACCAGAUGUUGGCAACAGUUCAGGAGAAUGCGCAGUACAUUGGGCUGCCAAGUCUUCCAAUGUCAUAGCUUUGGAUGCGAUGACGAGGGCCAGCCGAGCUUUUCUCUCGAUGCGCGACUGCGAUGGCUUCACGGUCUUCGUUGUGUCCGCAGAGAUGGACAACUGUCCGGUGAUGGAGCUAAACCGACAUGUUGGCAAACCAUAUCUUCAGCCGCGCGGCUCGGAACUGUGCAGGAGGACGUACCUCAAAGGCGUCAGCUUGGAAGAACAGGAUGACUACGGCAGAACUGCCUUGCAGUGGGCAUGCUACGAGGGCAACAAGAAGACGACCGCAUGUCUUAAAGCACACCCAUCUAUGAAAUCGAUGGCACCCUAG